GUCAGCAGCAAUACAGAGCGAUACAUCAAUUCGGGCCGCGCCCGUACGAACAUCAUGUCUUCAGUGACAAGCUAAAACAAAUGGGACAGAGGCACAUUAUGGAGUCUAUACCGCCCACACUUUCACUCAAGCUCAACCCAGCACAAGCGGGCCACAAUCCUGAGCUGGGGGGCGGAGUGUCCGGGAUGGUUAGUGACCCCUGGUCUCCGGCGGUGGGCUACGGCGCUGGCUACAGCAACUACAUGACAGGAUCAGGUGGAGGAGCAAGUGGAGUGCACUCAGGGGGGUACAGCGCUGGCAGCAGUACUCCCUCCCUCGGCUACACCACGCCUGAGCUCUCACACUCCAUCACCGCCAUGGACACUUCCACUGCACUCCCAG